CUUUCCCCCCGGAUUCACCGAAACAAACAAAACUUCUCCAAAUAUUAGUCGACCACCUCGACGGAGAAGACCAUUCCCGCCAGUCACCGCCCCUCCACUCCUCCAGCCAGACGCUUUGGCAUCCCAUAAAUCUUGAGUCCUCCCGAGCGUAAAGCAAAAGAAGCCAUCGAGAAAACCCAACAAAGCCUCGCACACCUCCGUGAAGCUGUUUUCCCCGAACCCACCGACUGGCCCGUUCACAGCGAUGUUGCACCCCAAAAUCACCAAAGACGGCAGCACCAGCGGCGGCAGCAGCAGCGGUCAGAACUCCAAAGAGACUCCCCGUAAGAGGGUCGCCAGGGCUUGUGAUCGGUGUCGACUGAAGAAGGGAAAGUGCGAUGGAAAGGAGCAAUGCGCCAAAUGCGUCUCCGCUGACGUUAUGUGCAUCUACACCGAUCGAAAACCUCCUCAGCACAAGCUGAUCUCUCCUGCAGUCGCCGAAGCCCUCCAGAGCGAGAAUCUCACUCUCAAGAAGGCCACCAUCAUCAUCUUCAAGCAACUGAUUGAGGCUCGCGGUGGACAACUUCCGGUGAUCGAGGGAGUCGACUGGGCAUCCGAGAAGGUGGCGAACGGGAAAUCUGGACGGGCGCUGAACUACAUCAUCAGUCGGGAGGCGAGGGUGGACAAUAGGAUCUCGACCGAGGAGAUUGCGAACUACGACAGCGAUACGCAGAUGUUGGAUCCGAAUUCGAGGACCUGUCCAAACAGCCCUGCUUCACGACAAUCCUCGCCCCAGAGCACCGUCGGCGAUAUGUCUCCCGCGUUCUGGGGUGGGGGGGCUUCCGGAGCUGAGCUUCAGCUUCAGCAGCAGCACAGCCUCGCCUCGCACAAGAAGCGGAAAGCCACAAAGUACGGCUAUCCUGGCGUCGCAGAGGUCGACGUCACUGCUAUGCCAGCUCCUGCUUCAGCUUCUCCCUACCUCAAUCCCGGGCUCCUUUCCGUCGAGUCGCUGGCGCCAGCGUUCACCACCCCGCCCACUCCACCGACGGGGUUGGAUGCCCUGGAUUACCUACCCCGGGAGCAGCAGCAACUUCAAUGGUCGAAUCAGCGGCCGCAACAGCAGCAGCAGCAACAGGCGAGAUUCUACGAAGAGCGAUAUCUCUUACAACGCUACGCCGAAGAACAAGCACAUAUCCAGCAGCAACAGCAGCAACAGCAGCUCCGUAGUGGAGCGGCUGGCCCAGUUCCCGGACCAACGUGCGACAAUUCCAUGCCCUGGACGACUCCCGAAUAUUUCCAGUAUCUCCAGGACAACAAAGAUUACGGAAAGUGAGUUCUUCCGAUCUUCCGAGCGCGCGCACACGCACAUGCACAAAAAACACACAUCGCAACAGUUGCUGACACAUCUUUAGAGUUUAUGAGACCAUGGCCGGCGACGUUCAGAUGUACGACCGCGAAAUGUAAAUAUUCUACAUGAACAUCUUCUUUUCACGACUCUCCCUUACCUACCUUCUCUCGUACACUCACUCGCAUACUGUCCUUCCGGGGUCCGACUACAUUUCCUUUUCCCUUUCAUUCGGUCAUUUUCACACUACAACGGACGGGUUGGGAUUACUGGUUUUUUACACAUACAUAGCGGGGUGUUCUGUUUUUUUCCUAAGGGGUUAUGUUUUUUUUUCCUUUCCGGGCAUCUUUCCUUUAUUCAACUGUGCGGUGUUUUUUGAGGGGGG